GUUGGUGCCUUUUUCUUGCAUUUCGCAAUGGUUGCUGUUCACGAUGACAAUUCCACAUCCACUGACAAUAAACCAGCGCCACAUGGACAAGAAGCUACCUAUCUGCCAGCAGAAGCGCCAGCAGCCCUGCACAUAGAGCAGAACCCUAUGACUACCCCCAAGAGGUACACGCAUCAGCAAAGUAUACUGCGGAAAGCGCAGAGUGCAACAACAACGACAAGCGCACCACUAUCAGCGAAGCGGACUGCCGGGUCAUUAACCGAUGAUACGCUGAGCCUCGAUUCUGCCAGCGACAGCGAGUUCCCGGACGCCCUCUCGCUGCUGAAAACGCCAGUCGUAAGCAGGCAGCAGCAGAAUGCCCAUGCUUCAACCCCCCACUCUGCUGAGCUCAAUAAGGCGAACAAGCACAAAAAAGGCCGCAAGCGCAAGCGUGUAUCGUUAGGCAAGGCAAAGUCAGAUUCACUGCAGAUACCGGGUGAGCUUGUGAUGGCGUACUACCUGCGUAAGUAUUAUCCAGCACGCAUCACAUCGCGAGUAGGCGAGCAUCGGUUUAGAGUGGAGCGCAUCUUUACACAGUAUGAAUCAGGAUUCUAUACGUGCGAUCUAGGCGUGCUUCAGCUUAUAGGAGACAUACCUGCAGAGGCUGAGCCAAGUGGAUGUAAAGCAGAGCUGGAGAGUGCAGACAUUGACCAGGAGUUUGAGGAUGACCUAAAGACUUUCGAUUACCUUGUCAGCGAUCUGGAGAAGGUCAGGGGCUUCCUGGACGACUUGCAUAGUUGCCCGAUGGACAAUGUUGCUGAGCUGUCUAAGACCGAGGACCGUCUGGGUAUUUUCUUUGGAGGGGACAGAGUAAAAAAGAGACAGCUUAUGUCGCGUGUGCGCAGAGGGCAUUUGAAUGGCCUCGAAUUUGACUUUAUCGGCCGACUGCUGGGCAAAUGGUUCAAAACACCUCCAAAGGCAGCACUCGGCGAUCUGGCUGAGAUGAUGCCUACAAAAAUACCAGAGUCAGCGAAGCAAGCACGCCGUCCCGCAACCACGGUGCAAUCUGGCAACCUUGUAGUGGGAUUUAACCAUGAGGUGCUCUUGCCGCACGCAAUCAAGCGGCUCAUUCAAUUGCGUGAUACAUGCUCCCUGGAGGAAGCCGAGGAUCGCAUGGGUACUGAGCAGAUCAUGGCCAUCCGCAGAAUCGGUCAGCGCAGCGCUCUGUAACAGAAUCCCUGUAUAUGGAUGCAAACGCCCUGUAUAUCUAAAUAUAGUUUAUUCGGCAGAUGUGUUUCUAUCUUACGAGUUUUGUGGAAGAGUAAUGUCGAGAGCCGCUGAGUAGUGG